AUGAGCAGCAGCCCUCCGCUGGACUACUGCGCCAAACUAGAAAUAUUUUCUUAAUUUAAAAAAAAUAAAUAAAUAAAAUAAAAUAAAAAACCGACGUAAUUAUUAUAAUUAAUUCAAUAAUUAAGCGAGCGUUGUAGGUCAAUAACGCGUUUGAAUAUUUAUUUUUUCCACGUUUCCAAGCCCAAAGAAGUUUAUUUCCUGUUGUGAUUGGAUUUACGUGAAUAUGAAGCCACGGAUUUUGCUGACCUGUAUACUGACAUUUAUCUGCUCAUGUAUAUGUCAUGGCUUAGAGCUGGCCUUUCUGCUCCAGCCCAGUGAUGUGAUUGCUAUAAGGGAGAGACCGCUCAUGUUGGACUGCCGGGUGGAGGGUGAGGAACCCAUCACUGUGAUGUGGCUUAAGAAUGGGAAACCGGUGCCUACAGUAGCUGGUACACGGACCACAGUUUUGUCCAAUGGUACCCUGCUGAUCUGGAGCUUCCAGAAGAAACGAGAUGGAGAUUCCACUGAUGCUGGGGAAUACCACUGUGCUGCCCAGAACCGUUACGGCAUGCUGGUCAGCCGUAAGGCCCGUGUUCAGCUGGCAUCUCUUCCUAAGUUUCAUACUCAUCCAGAGUCCAUGAAAGUGGAUGAGGGAGGAGUGGCACGUUUUCAGUGCCAGGUGAACAGUAUUCCUGAGGCCAGCAUCACCUGGGAGAAAGAUCGUAUGGCCAUCAGCACAUCAAAUGAAAGGUACACACUUCUCCCCAUGGGCAUCCUGCAGAUCACUGGGGUGAAGAAGUCAGACGCUGGAGUUUUUCGCUGUGUUGCUACCAACAUUGCUAACAUCCGCUACAGCCACGAAGCCCUGCUCAACGUCACUGGUGGAGCUCCACGCAUCUACAAGGAACCAGUGAUCCUGUCUGGCCCCCAGAAUCUCACUAUCACCGUCCAUCAGACAGCCAUUUUGGAGUGUAUUGCUACUGGAAACCCCAGACCUAUCGUGUCUUGGAGCAGACUGGAUGGAAGAUCUAUAGGUGUGGAAGGAAUCCAGGUCCUGGGCACGGGGAACCUGAUGAUCUCUGACGUGUCCCUGCAGCACUCUGGAGUGUAUGUGUGCGCUGCCAAUCGUCCUGGUACGAGGAUGAGACGUACAGCUCUUGGCAGGCUGGUAGUUCAAGCUCCUCCAGAAUUCAUCCAGUGGCCACAGUCUGUGUCUAAACCAGUAGGAAGCAGUGCAGUGUUCACAUGUGUAGCUGAAGGAGUUCCGGAACCUCAUCUCAUCUGGCUAAAGAAUGGCAAGAUACUCACUCCUGGAGACAACGUCAAACUCACCAACAACAACAGUACCCUGGCAGUGACUCGUAUCACGUCUGAAGAUGAGGCCAUCUACCAGUGCAUAGCUGAGAACAGUGCUGGUACCAACCAGGCAAGUGCUCGUCUGGCUGUGUCUCUGGCCACAGAGCUGCCUGACUCUCCCCAGGGCCUGAAGGCCACACCUCUGUCCAUAAACACCCUGCAGCUGUCCUGGACUCAGCCUCCGAUAGAGGUGACCGACAGCAUCAUCGGAUAUGUGUUGCACAUACGCAAAAUGGGUGAGCCAGAGAAUAAAGAACUUCAGGAAGCUGUGAGCAAGACAACCUACCAGCAUGAUCUCACCAACCUGGAGCCUGCCACCACCUAUUCCAUUUACUUGAAGGCCUACUCUCCUGUCGGUGCAAGCCAGGAGUCCAGCACUGUAGUUGCUACAACACUAGGGGGCGUUCCUACUCCACCUGCAUUCUUCACUAAAGUGGUGAAUGUUACAUCAGUGCAAGUCCUUUGGGAGCUGCCUAACAAGCCGGGUAAAGUUGAGGGUUUCCGACUCUCCUACCGCCGAGUCCCUCAUGGAGAUUUUCAGGACCCAGUUCAGAUGUCGUGCCACACUAAUGUCCACACCAUUGCACACCUUGAUCCUGGGGCUGUGUAUGAAGUCAAACUGGUGGCCUACAAUGGCAAUGGAGAGAGUGACUGCUCCAAGCGACUUGUGUCACUGGCAGAGGAUGGAACCACUGCUAAAGCCAGUGCUGGAGAGGAGAACAGGUGCAACUGUAGGGAAACUGAGGGCUCACUAGCAGGGAUGGUGGUUGGAAUCCACAUCGGCAUGGCCUGCAUCAUCUUCUGUGUGCUGUUCCUCAUGUUUGGAUACCGCCGCAGUUUCCUCUGCAGGAAGGGGACUCAGGACAGAUGGUCUGUGCCCAGAGGUGAGGAUAGAGGACACCAUGCUCAUAACAAUGGCAUUUCAAAACAUGGGCCACCACAUCCCCAAGCCAUCGAACUUCUGCCUCAGGGUCAAACCCAGGCUUUCCCAACACAGUGUCAAGUUCUUAUUGAGCAGCACUCAUCGGGUUUGCCUGGCACAAAUGCAGGCACUGGCUAGCCCUGGCUCUAAACCCACUUUACCAGCACUCAGCCUCCCUGUGGUUUCUCUCUCCGGCCUGCCAAUCAAAGCCCCCCACUGAACCCCCUCAAUUUACAUCUCAUUUGUGUAGAAAAACACACACAAAAAACUGCUGCUAUCAUGAAUAAGGGCUUAACUGCUCCUGCUGUGGGCUUCAGAAUAAUAGUUGUACUGAACAAUUAGUCUGAACUAAUACAAAAUUCAGCUUAUUCACCUUUUUAAUCCAAAGCUUUAAUACCUGUAAAUCCUGUUUGCUUAAUUGAAAACAGAAACACAAAUUGAAAGCCUUAUCAAGUAGUAUACACCACAAUACAAUGUUGGUGUUAGAGAGCUUUGUGUCAGGACUGUGCACCAAAAUAGGUGUGGCACUGGAACAAACCAAACCCAAACUAUGUUUUAAUAUCGGAGGACUUUCUGUUUAAACCAAAAUUCAUUCUAGCAAAGGUGUCCUCUGGUAAUAAGACAUUCUAAUCUUGCACUAUACAAACUGAGGCCUCGUAAAUAUUUAUCGUUUGUGCUAGAGGCUGAUAUAGUCUCUACUGAGUGUGCCAAAUAGGCUAGCCACAUGUGACUAGCUAUAUCUUUUAGUUUUCCUACUCUUUUGACCUUAAUUCAGUAAUGCCAAAAACAAUAAAUUGCCUUGUGAUUAAAACAUUUAUUGUUAUACAUCAUAUAUGCCUUGAGGCAGACCGAGUUGGAGGAACCAUAAAGGUGGUCCCUUUUCUGUACCUUUCCCCUUUUCUAUUUCCACUAGUAACCCACCAAAAAGCUGAAUACCUCCAAAGAUAGCUACCUCAGAAUGUCUGAGCCAUUGUUGCUCUCGUUAGCCUGCUGCUGUUUGAGCAAGCCUACCUCAGCCAA